AUGGUCGAACAACGAGCGCAGGGUACACGUGUGUCGCUAGCGUGUGUGCAAUGCAGGGCAAGACACGUUCGCUGUGAUGCGACAAAACCCGCCUGUUCCCGAUGCCUGCAGGAGCGACAGGAUUGUAACUAUCCUAGUUCCAGGCGCGGUGGUCUUACCAGAGCUGCACUGGCUGCUCAUAAGGCGCGGAGAAGCGAAAUUGAGAGCAAUCCUAGCAGCGUACCAGGCAGCGCGGUAUAUUCCACUGGUUCGUCUUCGCCAUCGAGCAGAGAUGCUGCUCCUCAAGCUCCAGUGCUACCUUCCCCACCCAUAGAAUUGGAUAUAGCGUCGACAGAUCUCCACAAUGACAUGUUCAUCGCGGUGUAUUUCAAGUGUUUUCAUCGCUACCACCCCUGCGUCCUGCCUCUAAAACAACUCCAAGAGUAUUUCUGUGAUCCGUCCUUCCACGACCAGCUCAUCCCCGUCGUAAUGGCCGUCCGGUUUAUCGGCUCGAUAUACGCACGAUCCAGCCUUGUGGACCAACUUAGGGCGCAAACAGACAGCGCCAUAGCCAUGGCGCGCCAAAACACACCGCACUGUCCGUUUCUUGCGCAAGCUUUGCUUCUAUAUUCCAUAUCGUUGUUCUGGUCUCAAGAGGAUAACACUUCCCGGAAACAAAUGGACUUGGCUCUGCAGACAGCAUUGGACCUCGGCAUGCAUCAUCGCGAUUUUGCUGCCAACAAUGCCCCAUACGUUCCCAUCCUACAGGAAUGUUUUCGGAGAACCUGGUGGCAGAUUUACAUCAUCGACGCCGCAUAUGCUGCAAUUGAGCACUUGUCAACUUUUAGGGCCAAUAGUGUGAUUAGCGAUGUAGAUUUGCCCUGCGAAGAGGACGAAUAUGAGAGCAGCACGAUACCAGAGCCCUCGACUCUAUCUGAGUUUGACUUACGUGAAUUUGAGUGCGAAGGAAAAGUCUAUUCCUCCUUCGCUUACCUCAUUGGAGUUGUUCGGGGUCUAUCACAGACAUCAGUUUUGGUAUCUUGGCAGAGCGAUGGGAGCCCAACUUCAGAUGCCGUUGCCGCAAUCGACUCGGUAGUUGACGGAUGGCUCCUACUCCUACCAGAAUCAAAGCAACAGGUUAUGAACAGCAGUGGUGAAAUUGACGAGCUGUUAUAUUUCGCCAAGAUGUGGAUCCAUGCCUGCGCCGGGUCGCCUCAGACUAAUGCAUUGCCAAGCGAGAUAAAACAAGUACACACCAUGAGGUGUCUCUCAUCUAUUCAGCAGCAGGUCAGCCUACUUACUCUUCCUAAACGGCCAUUCUGCCACAGCCCCUUUAUUAUCUGCAUGGUUGUAGUCGGCACGCUACCCUACUUCUCAGCUUGCACCUGCCUUCUGCGAGGCGGCAAACUCACAGUCGCACGAGAACAAAUUCGUGUAAUUAUAGGAUGCCUGAGGGCGCUGGGCGACGUGUGGAAGAAGGGACGGAAUCGUGUGCAGGAGCUUCAGGCUAUUGGCAAAGAGAUUAUAGGUACUACAGGACUUGGCAAUGCGAGAAUGGGCGAGACGGCCGCUGCAGCUGGAGUGACGAAUAACCCUUAUCAGGCUCCUACUUCUCUGCCAUUCGCUGGCUUGAAUGUACCCCCCUCGACGGUCGAUGCGAAUGAAUUCGCACAGCUGUGGCUAUCUAUGAAUCAGCAGCUGGAUAUCAAUACAUGGAUUACCGAUAACUUUCCAGCGCAGUAG